AUGCCCGAGUUACAGACAUACAAAGGCUUCUACCUCUGGCAAUAUGUGCCCUCGAGGGCGGCCGCGGUUAUCUUCAUCAUACUCUUCCUCACAGCAACGGCAUUCCAUGUCUGGAAGAUAUGGAAACUGAAAACCCGGUUCUGCAUCUGCUUUGCCCUUGGGGGCUUCUUCGAAUUUAUAGGUUACUGCGCCAGAGCCUCUGCUUAUGACAAGACAGGAAGGAUGAUGCCGUACUGCAUUCAGAACGUUUUCAUCUUGCUCGGCCCUGCCCUCUUCGCCGCUUCGGUCUACAUGGUGCUGGGUCGAAUCAUCACUGCCGUCAGGGCGGAGCACCAUUCGCUGAUCCGUGUCACCUGGCUCACUAAGAUCUUUGUCCUCGGCGACGUCCUGUCCUUCUUGGUUCAGGGAAGUGCCGCGGGUCUGAUGGUGAACAGUGAUCUGGCAAAUAUGGGCAAGAACAUCGUCAUCGCCGGCCUCCUCAUCCAAGUAAUCAUGUUCGGUCUGUUCAUCGUCACCGCAAUCUGUUUCCAAAUGCGCAUGCGUAACACCACCACGGCUGAGGCCUUCAACGCCGACCUACCCUGGAAGUCGCACCUCUAUACGCUCUAUAUGGUCAGUCUGCUCAUCAUGGUCCGGUCGAUCUUCCGUGUGGUGGAGUUUGCUAUGGGUUAUGAGGGAUAUCUGUUGAGUCAUGAAUGGACUCUUUAUGUUUUCGAUGCGCUGCUGAUGUGGAUUGUUAUGGUUUUAUUUGGGUAUCGAUAUCCUGGUGAGCUUCGGGAUAUUUCGACAAGAGCUCCUCCGAAUACUCAUAUCUGGUUUUCACUCCGGGCACCGGGCCCGGGAUCAGGGACGCCCGUCCACGGCCAAGCUUCACCCAAUCUGACCGCUACGGGACACGUGUCGCUAAAAUGGCAACAUAUAACUCCCAACCAGGCGGGCCUCUACAAGCUGCUCUACUGA